UAAGAGCAAGCCAUCUGUCACCAUUCCCCACUCCUGCAGCUCUUCUCACAGGAUCAGCCACCAGCCCAGCCUCUCAAGAUGACCUAUGUUCCUGCACCGGGCUACCAGCCCACCUACAACCCGACUCUGCCCUACAACAAGCCCAUCCCUGGUGGUCUCAGCGUGGGAAUGUCCAUUUACAUCCAAGGAGUGGCAAGUGAGCACAUGAAGAGGUUCUCCGUGAACUUCAUGGUGGGACAGGGCUCCGGGUCCGACAUUGCCUUCCACUUCAAUCCCCGGUUUGAUGGCUGGGACAAGGUGGUCUUCAAUGCGCAGCAGGGAGGCCAGUGGGGCAAGGAGGAGAAGAUAAGGAGCAUGCCCUUCCACAAGGGUACCCCCUUCGAGCUGGUAUUCAUGGUCAUGGCGGAACACUACAAGGUGGUGGUAAAUGGAAAUCCAUUCUAUGAGUUUGGGCACCGGAUCCCCCUGCAGAUGGUCACCCACCUGCAAGUGGAUGGGGACUUGGAGCUUCAAUCAAUCAACUUCAUCGGAGGCCAGCCUGCCCCAAGCCACACACCCAUGGUUACUCCGGCGUACCCAGGUCCCGGAGGGUCCUACCAACCACCGCUGAGUAGCCUGCCGACCAUGGAGGGACCUCCAACCUUCAACCCGCCUGUGCCAUUUGUGGGGAGACUGCAAGGAGGCCUCACAGCCCGAAAAACCAUCAUAAUCAAGGGCUAUGUACCCCCCACAGGCAAGAGUUUUACCAUCAACUUCAAGGUGGGAUCCACAGGAGACCUGGCUCUGCACAUUAAUCCCCGCAUGGACGAAGGUGCCGUGGUUCGGAACAGCUGCCUGAAUGGCUCAUGGGGAUCUGAGGAUAGGAAGCUCUCCUACAACCCCUUUGGUUGUGGCCAGUUCUUUGAUCUGUCCGUUCGCUGUGGCUUGGAUCGCUUUAAGGUUUUCGCCAAUGGCCAGCACCUCUUCGACUUCUCCCAUCGCCUUUCGUCCUUCCAGAAGGUAGACAUGCUGGAGAUCCAGGGUGAUGUCACCUUGUCCUACGUCCAGAUUUGAUCUGUUCCUGGAACCACAGCCCCUGGCAACACAGAAAGAAAGAUUCCAUAAGACUCCCUUCUA